AUGGUUCUAGGCAUGUUAUAUUCCCUUCUAGGCUUCCAACAGACUCAUAGCUUUCAUGAGCAGUUACAAAGCUAUGAUAAGGAAAUUAGGUACUAUCAAACCCGACAGAGAAAAUUCAAUGCAAAGGUUCAUUCGGUUCCUUCCAAGAUCAGCCAAAUGAUUAUGCUGUUAGGAGUUGUUGUUUGUAUUCCGAUCUACAUGUAUAUACCACCUCCGAAUUUAUAUUACGUGAUGAUGGGAGUGAUGGUUUUGUUUCUAGCUGUAACACAUUUCAUUAAGAAAGUAGUAAUGAUCUACUAUAGCAGUACAUUAUCGUCCUAUAAUUAUGAUAUUGAACAAUUAUUAUUGAAACAAAAAGAAAUUUUAGAGGACUUGAAACAAAAGAAUGAUUAUUAUGCAACUCAUGAUUUAAUUCAAAAAUAUGAAAGAGCUAUUAAUGUUCUUCAAAAGCACAUUCAACAUAAACGAAAGAGGUUGCAAAACACAAAUCAAAAAAGGCUCUCGAAAAAGAAAGUUUCACAUCAAAUCAAAGAUGUUUUACUAGAGGACGAAGAUGAUAUGGAAGUCACUGAGGUUUUACUCGCAAAUUAUCCUUACUUUUCGUAUGAAGUGUUUAAAAAGUAUACAAAUACACCUGCUGUUUCGUUAGGAUUUCAGGAACCAAUUCCUCAUACGGCAAUUGAAGAGAGCUCUCCUAAAGAAAUGAAUACCAUUUGUGUGCAAACAGAAUCUUCACUCGCUCAAGAAUCUCACGUACAGCAAGAGGAAACAAAGAAAUUGUUGAAAGAGAGUAUGACCAAGCUAUUCACAUUAGUAGCUUCACUAAGUAAUCAACAGAGAAAGUUGCAACAAAUGCACGCCAUCAGAAGCAUGCCAGAAGGAUUGUCGAACGAGAAUGAAUAUUCAAUACCAACUCGUCGUUCCCCUCGGCUAUCUAUUACGAGCGCCGACAGUAGUAACAAUCUUCAAAAAAAGUCACAUUCAUUUACAUUACGAAAACAAAUUGAAGAUUCGACAGUUCAAGAACGAAUUUCUGAUUCCAUUGGAGAAGUGACAUCCACUCCACAAAGAAAAAGAUCAAACAGUUUUCAUGGAGGUACUCCAACUAAAGAGUCUUCAUCAACAAAUGGAGCUAAUCAUGAUGUAUUUUCUAGAGUCAAUUCACAACAGCAAGCUAAUACUGAAGAGAGCAGUACCGAUCCCAAUAUUAUUGCACUUCAACAACAAUUGGAGCAAGAAAUUGCGAGACUCAAGCAAAAAGAUUUGGCAUUAAGGGAACGAGAAGCAAAAAUUGUCCAAUAUGAAAAACAAUUGAAUAGUCUUUCAGUGGCUAAGAAUCAACAACCCAUUGGCGCUGAUGCCUUAUAUUCUUCGUCACUCACAAGCAGAUACAGAGUCUAUGUGGAAAACAACAAGACUGGAUUCGUAGAAAAUAAGAAGGAAACCACAAAACCAAACUGGUUUGACCGAUUGUUAGAUAGAAUUGUUGGCCAGUCUCCGGAAACAUGCUUUGCGCUUAUUUGUUCUCAAUGUUGUUCCCAUAAUGGCUUACUCAUGAUUGAGGAUGCAGAAAAUCAUGCUGGAUACAGAUGUUGGAAUUGUGGAUAUCUCAAUAUUAGACAAACAUCCAGCGACAAUGUCAACGACAAUGCAAGUACCACUACGAGUGUUGUGACAGAAGUGGACGACGAUGAGCGAGAUGAAAAUGACGAAAAACAAGAUGAAAAUAUGGAACGAAAAGAAGAGAGCACCUCUGCAGAAGAAAAUAAUAAUAAUGAGGCUGAUAAUGAGGAACAAGUAGAGCAUGAUUAA